GUAAUCAUGAUGAUUCUUUUGCCAUCAUUACCUUCUAAAAGAGCCUAUCUCUCUCUUCUCUCUCUAAGGAAAAUGCAAAAUUCACCUAUAUAACGCCUCUAUAUCCACCUCUAUAUCCAUCUCUCCAGCUACUCAAACACUUCUUACUUCUUCUUGUCUCUCUCUCUUGAAGCUCCAAAGAUGUGUUUGAGUUCUUCAGAACCAUUCUCUAACGCACCCACAAGAUUAGUUGUGUACCUCAAAACACAAACUCACGUUCGUAUCCCUCGCCUCUCCAGGAGGAGGAGGAUGUGGCGGGAAGAAAAGGAGAUGGAGAUGGAAAACAUAAGGCUUUACAUGGAGAACCAACACAUCAUACAAGAGAACGAGAAACUAAGGAAGAAAGCUCUUCUUCUUCACCAAGAAAACAAAGCUCUCUUCUCUCAGCUUCAGACCAAACAAGUUUCACCUGUUCCAUAAACAAAAACCUUACCAUUACCAAGCACCAAGAUCUGAAGACCAUAUUCUUCUUCUUCUUUAGUGAGUUAACAAUAAAAAAAGUCCUAUUAUCUAAGCGGGUCUUAUAUGUUAGAAUCAAAUGGUUUAGUGUUAUUGGGGUAUACAUCUAAUUUUUUUUGUUUUGUUCCAUCUCUCAUGUAAUCUAUGUAUGUGUGUUCUUUUGUUAAUGCUUUAAAAAUCUA